AUGAUAUCAGACAAUUUGGAAAGGCCUGGACCCUCGAAUGCUAAAAGUAGCCCAAGAUGUCAGCUAUCGAAUGUUUCACUUAUGCAAACGGUAAUCUCCUCUUCGACGGGGGCCAUUUGUACAUCGCUUUUAAUGACACCAAUGGAUGUAGUGAAGAUUCGAAUUCAACAGCAAGCCAAACCGAUUACAAAGGGUGAAUGCUUUCUCUACAAUAACGGUUUGAUGGAACAUUUUUGUACGGCUUGUGCAGAGCCAAAAAAAAAUUUGCCCUGCGAAUGGUAUCAACGACCGAGUCAUUUUACUGGAACUUUUGAUGCCUUCAUCAAAAUCGCUAGGAACGAAGGAGUUCGAUCUCUUUGGAGCGGUUUAUCACCUACUUUAGUGAUGGCUGUUCCUUCUACGGUAUUUUACUUCUCGGUUUAUGAUUUUUUGCAUUCCCAUCUUAAAGAGUACUGUGUAAAACGAGCGGAAUGGGUAGCUCCCAUGGUUGCUGGUGCUUUUGCAAGAACUAUAGCAGGCACUGUUGUUUCUCCAUUGGAAAUGAUUAGGACAAAGAUGCAAAGUGAAAUGAUGAGCUAUAAAGAUGUUGGUUCUGCUAUCCGAACUUCUGUGUUAACAUACGGAUGGAGGGGAUUUUAUCUAGGAUGGGCGCCAACUCUUUGGAGAGAUGUGCCAUUUUCAGCUAUAUAUUGGGCAUGUGUCGAGACAUUUCGAAAACGAUUAAUCGUUUGGAGAGGACGAACUGAAACCAAUUUCGGAAUUAGUGCAACAGCUGCCGCUGCUUCCGGAAUCGUUGCAGCCCUUUGCACAGCUCCUUUCGAUGUUGUGAAAACUCAGCGUCAGGUCUCGUUGGGAAAAGUUAUCACCACAGGGACCAAACCCAGAUCCACAAGUACAAUGUCAGUUAUGCAGGACUUGGUUUCUAAUCGAGGAUUUACAGCACUGUGGGCAGGAAGUGUUCCGAGGAUAGCCAAAAUAGCCCCGGCUUGUGCCAUCAUGCUUGGAUCUUACGACUUUUGGAAGUUGUAUUUUGCUCAUCGAAAUAGUCUCAAAGAU